GGUCAUUGGUUUAAUCCCAAGAUGGAGGUCGUAGCUCGGCGGUGCUGAGGAAUCGCGUGAGCGCGAGGGGAAGGGCCCGCCAUGCCUCACAAGAAAAAGAAACCCUUCAUAGAGAAGAAAAAGGCAGUAACAUUUCAUUUGGUGCACAGAAGUCAGAGGGAUCCACUUGCCGCUGAUGAUACUGCACCUCAGAGAGUUCUGCUGCCUACACAGAAAGGCCAUGAGGAGCGAAGGAGGGAAGAGCAGCGGAAGUAUGGAGUCUUCUUUGAUGAUGACUAUGACUAUUUGCAGCAUCUAAAAGAAGCCUCUGGUCCCUCUGAGCUUGUCCCUUCUGUGCGUGGACAGCAAAGCAAAAUUGUUGUCACAAAUGAGGGGCACAUAGAGGAUGAAAUUGAGCGAAUUCCAGCUCCAUCUAUUAAGUUGCCUUCCUCGGUAUUUGCCACAGAGUUUGAAGAGGAUGUGGGCUUGUUAAAUAAAGCUGCUCCUGUUUCAGGACCACGGCUAGAUUUUGACCCUGAUAUUGUUGCAGCUCUUGAUGACGAUUUUGACUUUGACAAUCCAGAAAACAUUCUGGAAGAUGAUUUUGUUCUACAAGCAAAUGAACUACAGAAGGGGGGAUCAGGUGCUGAGGAUGAAGAUGAAUGGGAAGAUGUGGAGGAUGAUAGUGAUGAGAAGGAUAGUUGCAGUAAUGAUGAAGACUAUGAUUCAGAAGGUCCUUUGUCAGAUGAUGGGGUUAAUGGACACACAAAAGAAUUUCUUUUUAUGCAAGAAGAAACCAGGAGUCGUUUCACAGAAUAUUCUAUGACGUCUUCGGUGAUGAGGAGGAAUGAGCAGUUAACACUGUUGGAUGACAGAUUUGAGAAGUUUUAUGAACAAUUUGAUGAAGAUGAAAUUGGAGCCUUGGAUAAUGUGGAGCUAGAAGGCUAUAUUAACACGGACAAUGCUAGGUUGCAGGAAGUCCUGAAUGAUUACUACAAAGAGAAAGCAAAGAAUUGUGUAAAAUUGGAUGCUCUUGAGCCCUGUGAAGAUUUAGAUUCUCCUGUGAAUGAAGAAAGUGAGGAAGAAAAGGAAGAAAUAGUAGCUGUAGUUAUUGAGGAACCAAAAGAAAAGUGGGAUUGCGAAUCCAUUUUGAGUACUUACUCAAACUUAUAUAAUCACCCAACACUUAUUAAGGAGCCAUCAAAGCCCAAACCAAUAAAAAUUUCCCAGAAGACUGGAAUUCCCCUGCAUAUCUUGCCUCAGAAAGGUCUUACUGCUAAACAGAUUGAACGCAUGCAAAUGAUUAAUAGUAGUGACCUGCCAAGAGUAUCAACACAGCCCCGUUCCAAAGAUGAAAGCAAAGAGGAUCGCAAAGCUAGAAAACAGGCAAUAAAAGAGGAGCGAAAGGAACGCAGAAUGGAGAAGAAAGCCAAUAAGCUAGCCUUCAAGCUGGAGAAAACAAGGCAAGAAAAGGAGUUACUCAAUCUGAAACAAAACAUUCAAGGACUGAAGCUGUCUUGAUGCAGCUGAGGAACUUACUGUGGAAGCAUCCUCAAGUUUUCAUUUCUAUUGAGAAGGACACUGCUAACUCAUAGCUUCGCCACUUGUGCACAAAGGAGCUUAUUCAGAUAUUAUGGUAACAAGAACCAGUUCUUGUUCUUUCUGAAAUGAGGUUAUAUAGAAGACAAUGUGUUAGUGAUAUGUGUUCUGUCACGAACGUGGCAACUGUUUGUAAGUUUCAUUACAGUAGAAAUUAAAAAUUAUUAAAAAAAUUCUUUUCUUACAGGCUAUUGCUGGGAAAAGUUAUAUAUAUAUAUUUGUUGAAUGUAUUCAACAAAUCAGCAGAAUGCUACAGAUUUGAUCUAAUUAGGUUCUUCUAUUAAAUUAUUUCAGCUUAUAAAGCAAUAUUUCCAUUUACGUGUCCUCUCCCUUAUACUGAUGAUGAAAUAUAGUGCCUUGAUAUAGCAUAGUUUUGUAAGUCAAGGGGGUUUCAACCACUACUUAUUUUUUUUCUGGGUUGGUUAUUUAUUGUUCAGAUACUAUUAUGAAAGAUGUAAAAUAACCUUUUGUAAACAGUGUCUGAGAAGUUGUUGUGUAGGUAGACAUCCCUGUUAUGUAACAUGAGUUUUACAUUUCUUAGCAAACAAAAUCUGUCACAAGUGUUGCAGUUGCAGUAGUUGGUGACCCUUGCUGUGGCCAUUCCGAUCAGCUUUGCUGAAAGUACUCAGUCUGAGUAGUAUGGCAAGCAAAACAAGCAGAUACUUACAAAAAUACAGUGUGUUGCAGAUAGUAUUUCAGGAAUAUCAAGACAAUGGCUGUUCUUCAGGUCUUGCAUUCAAUUUGGUUUCGUUAAAGAACAAACUUGCAACCCACCACAGUUGUUGCAGAGACUUUCUGAAGACGGAUGGGAGCCAAUAUCUUUAGGCUUGGUGCGAUCUUAAAUUUCGGUACCAUGCAUGUAAAUUAUUCUGAUAGUGACCAGUCCAUACAUGUAAAUGAAAUGAGUAGGCUUUGUAGUCAAUCCUUGUGAAUCCUUCUGUAUUCAUCAGAAACCCUCAGCUUUGCCUGAGCAAUCUUCUGCCUUUGGGUGAAAAGUUAACCAUUUUACUGGUAAAGAACACAGUAACCAACACAUCAGUAGAGUGGCCUGACUGCUACUAAAUUCAAAGCAUCCUAAAUAGUCCUUAAAUAGUUCUGUGAAUACUAGAUAGAGACAAGCUAACAGAAGGAUUGAUGAGGCUUUUUAAGGUACAGAAACAAUUCAAAGUACUUGUUUUUAUUGGAAGGAGGCUUUUGUAAUGUAUUUUAAUUGAUAAAGUAACAGGGUUUUGGAGAAGGGAAUAAACAGACAUUUAAGUCUACAAGUCUCUUGAUCACUGUUCAGAGAACUGCAAUGUCACUACAGUAUCAUAUCUAGAUUAAGCAUUCCCUUUUCUAAAAUUGUUAAAUUUUCUAAAAUUGUGUUAACCAAUUAAGUAGAAAUAGUCUAUAAGCUUGAAACAAAUUUCAGAGCUUUCACUUAGCUGGUAUCGUGUGUUUCACCUGCUUAAGCAGGGACUGCCUGUGUCAUAAUGGUUGCGUAGUUGCUGAUGCUUGGUAACUUCAGUUGUGAGCUAUUGAGUAGUGCAGACUGAUCACUGCAGUGGUAAGGAUUCCUGACAGCAC